CCACCUUGAGAAUCCGUUGAACAAACCAGCCACCUUCCAAAAUGAGUCUGAAGUCCGAUGAAGUUUUCGCCAAGAUCGCUAAGCGUCUAGCGGCCAUCGACCCUGCCAACCGUCAGGUGCAGCAUGUGUACAAGUUCAGAAUCACUCAGGGUGGCAAGGUUGUCAAGAACUGGGUUAUGGAUCUGAAGAACGUCAAGCUGGUCGAAGCCGACGAUGACGCCGAGGCCAUCCUGACCAUGGAUGAUGAGAUCAUGUUCCAAAUCGGAACCGGUGCCAUGCCAGCCAAGGAUGCCAUGGCCCAGGACAAGAUGGAAGUCGAUGGACAGGUUGAGCUGAUCUUCUUGUUGGAGCCGUUCAUUGCCUCGCUGAAGUAAA